AUGUUCUCGACCAGUAAAAUCAAAUCGGUUGAUUUUUACAGGAAAAUUCCCCGGGACUUGACCGAGGCAUCACUAUCAGGAGCUGGGCUGUCAAUUUUAGCAGCCUUUUCGAUGGUCUUCUUGUUUGGAAUGGAGCUGAAUGAUUAUUUGAGGGUAAGCACCUCGACAUCUGUUGUCGUUGACAAGAGUUCUGAUGGAGACUUUUUACGAAUUGAUUUCAGUAUGAGCUUUCCAGCACUGUCUUGUGAAUUUGCUUCCAUCGAUGUCAGUGAUGUCUUGGGAACAAACAGGUUGAAUAUAACUAAGACUGUCCGCAAAUAUUCAAUAGAUUCAAAUUUAAAUCCUACUGGUUCUGAGUUUCGAUCAGGGCCUGUUGCCAAAACAGUUAAGCACGAUGAUGAGGUCGAUGAAGAGCAUAAUGAAGGUUCUGUUGUACUCACUGGGAACAAUUUUGAUAGAAUUUCGCACCAGUACGUGCAUCCUAUUUUGGUAGUAAAUUUCUAUGCCCCUUGGUGCUACUGGAGCAACCGCCUGAAACCUUCAUGGGAGAAAGCUGCCAAAAUUAUCAGGGAAAGAUAUGACCCAGAGAUUGAUGGGCGUAUUCUAAUGGGGAAGGUUGAUUGCACUGUAGAAGUAGAAUUGUGUAGAAGGAAUCACAUACAAGGGUAUCCAUCUAUCCGCAUCUUCCGCAAAGGAAAAGAUCAUGGCCAUCAUGAACACGAGUCAUAUUACGGAGAUCGAGAUACAGAGACCCUAGUUGAGACAAUGGAGGAAUUGGUAGCGCCAAUUUCCGUGCAGUCUCAACAGGGUUCCGGUAGUCUGUCCACCGAAAAGAAAGAUGACACUAAAAGGCCAGCUCCUAAAUCUGGCGGAUGUAAAAUUGAGGGUUUUGUACGCGUGAAGAAGGUCCCCGGGAAUCUCCUCGUUUCCGCUCGUUCAGCUUCACAUUCUUUCGACCCUUCUCAGAUGAACAUGUCACAUAUUAUUUCUCAUUUCUCUUUCGGUAAAAAGAUUACCCCAAGGGAAAUGAGUGACAUGAAGCGUGUGCUGCCGUAUUUAGGUGGGAGUCAUGACCGCUUGACUGGCCAGUCAUAUAUCAGCAAUCCAAGUGAUUCUGAUGUAAAUGUUACUAUCGAGCACUAUCUUCAAGUUGUGAAAACUGAGGUCAUGACGAGAUCUUACAAAUUAGUCGAGGAGUACGAGUACACGGCACACAGUAGUUUGGUUCACAGUAUUCAGAUACCCGUGGCUAAAUUUCAUUACGAAUUAUCCCCGAUGCAGGUUUUGAUUACUGAAAACUCGAAAUCUUUUUCUCACUUCAUUACGAACGUCUGUGCAAUCAUUGGUGGGGUUUUUACGGUUGCUGGUAUACUGGACUCGAUUCUGCACCAUACUUUGAGGGUUAUGAAAAAAGUUGAAUUAGGGAAGAACUUUUGA